CAGCUUUGGUCCCUCAUGGCGUACGCUGCGUACUGGAUGAGUCUUCAAGGAAGAGCAGCCGCUCCUCAUCUUGAAGUCCAUCAUAAUAGCAAAUCUUCAUUCUAUCCCUCUGCAGUGUCUCAUUAUGACAAGUCACAGUCAAGUCAGUCAACACCCAAACCGGCACCUCAGGUCUCUACUGGGAGCACCGCACAGUUUGAGAAGGCACCUUCAGGAUCCACCAUGACCACAAAGCCCGGGGUAGUUACCAUGGCAGCGGGCGGGGCCACAGGGAGUGGUGUGACAGCAGGAGCAGCUGCUAAAGCUGGAACUACAGGAAAGGAUUCGCCUAAAGCCAAACCAGAGGCGUCUCUGGGCUCUCAAGUCAAAGCCUCAGUCCAUUCUCCUGCUGCUGGAACGGCGGUCACCACAGCAGAGACCAAACCUAAAGACGCAGCUAAGAGCACAACUGGGACCACAACAGUCAAAGCCGAUGCCGUUAAAACGUCCAAGCCAGCUGCAGCAGCUGCGAGUGGAAAUGUUUCAGCUCAAGCGAAGAAGGAAGACACUAAGGCAGCACAAACAAAGGUGCAGGUGGAAGUUCCUCCCACGACGGCCAAAGCAGCAGCAGCCAAACAGCCUCCUGGCCCUGCAGAUGCAAAACCCAAGGAUGUUCCUAAACCGCUGAGCACAAAUGAGGCGCUGGAUUCCCUUUCGAUGGGUUUUACAUCCACUGCUCCAUCGGCGCCCAAGAAGCAGGAAAAAGUUGCUGCAGCUCCUGCAGCAGCUCCUCCUGCUGAUAAGAAACCCAGGAUGGACAAAACCUCCUCCUCUCUUCCCACCAAGGGUGAGCCGAUCCCUGAGGAUGCUCUCGGUGCUCUCGACGACAUGUUGGGACCAGCUGAACCAAAACCGGAACCUCCCAAACUCAGACCUGAAGAUGUCGUAAAGGAGGCAAACAUCAAGCCGGAGGUGGGUGUUCGCGUCGGAGAGAGGGAGGAUACGAUCCAUCCAGAUUACAGGUUUAAGAAGGAGGAGUUAAAAAAUCUGCCUGCUCCUAAACCUGAGCCGACUUUGGGAACCGGAGAAGCUUUGGACAUUUUAUCUGGAGACUUCACAACCCCGUCAGCAGCAACUAAAGUCCAGGCUCCGGUGGUCACGCCUUCAGCUGCUCCCGCUCAGAAAGCGCCCCCUGCUGUCAAGAAAGCGCAAACAGAAAAGGUUCCGGCUGACCUCUCUCUGGAAGCUGCUGUGUCCGCUGGCAGUGCUCAGAAAGUGGAGUCCUCUGGAGUUCCUCCUGUUUCUGGGAAGAAGCCUUCAGCAGGAAAAACUGGCGCCAUGGAUAAACCAAAGAGUGAUCAGGGCGGCAAAAUGUCUGCGGAUGCUCUCAGCGCUCUCGUUGACAUGCUGCCAGAAGACAAACCGGAACCAGAACCUCCCAAAGUUAAGCCUGAGGACAUCGUCUCGGAAGGCAAAAUAAAGCAGGAAAAGGGUGUGCGGGUCGGAGAGAGGGAGGACACACUUCCCCCGGGUUAUAGGUUUAACAAAGAAGAGCUCCAAAAGUUGCCCGCUCCAAAGCCAGAGCCCAAAAUUGGGACUGGGGAAGCUCUGGACUUUCUGUCUGGAGACUUCACGAGCUCGUCUUCAGCUGCUCCUGUCCAGGCUCCGGUUGUAAAACCCUCAGCUCCUCCAGCACAGGCAAAAGUGGAGGAUUUGGCUGCUUUGGAAAGUCUUGAUUUUGUCGCUCCAUCUAAGGCGUCCGGAGUCCACGCACCUGUUCCUCCCCCCGCAAAGAAAACUCCAGAGAAGACUGUUGGUCCAAUGGAGCAACAGCCCCAAGCUGUCCAGAAGAAACCAGAGCUACCAAAGGGGGACUCCAUCUCUCUGGACGCUCUCAGCGCUCUCAGCGACACGCUUCCAGAGGACAAGGCAAAACCCGAACCCCCCAAACUCCGACCUGAAGACAUCGUCUCGGUGGGCAAAAUCAAGAAAGAGGAGGGUGUGUUUGUGGGUGAAAGAGACGACACGCUGCCUCCAGAAUACAGGUUUAACAAGGAGGAACUUGAAGGCCCGUAUCCCAAACCUCAGCCCACCAUGGGAACCGGAGAGGCUCUGGACAUUUUGUCAGGAGAUUUCACAUCCUCCUCUGUAGCUCCCGUCAGCCAGGCUCCUGUCGGCCUCCCGUCUGCCCCUCCAGCACAGUCGUCUGAUGCCGCCCUGGAUGCCUUGGCGGGAGAUUUCGUUGCCUCCUCUGCAGCUCCGUCUGUAAAAUCUGCACCUUGCGCUGCGGCGGACGCCGGCAUACCGUUGCCGGCAAAAGCGGACAACGCCCUCGACGUUCUGUCCGACACGCUAAAGGACAUCGCCCCCGCUCCGCAGCCCGCCCCCGUUCCCGCCAAGGACGUCGUCAAGGAGAAAAAGAUCGUCGAAGAGAAGUUGAUUAAGAUGGGAGAAAGAGACGACACUCUGCCUCCGGAGUUUCGGCCAACUAAGGAAGAGCUGGAGAAACGACCAGUGGAUAAAGCUGCAGCAAAACCCAAGCAGAAGUCUAUGGAUGACCAAACCGCCUUGGACCUGCUGUCUGGGGAUUUCUCUGCUCCUCCCCAGGCCUCCGCUCCGGUCAACACGGCCACAACAAAACUGGAGCCUCCUGUGCUGGACGCAAAACCACAGAAGCCGAUGGAUGCUCCUGUCCUGGACUCCCUGGCUGACACACUGACCCCAGACGCCCUAAAGGCCAAAUCCAAAGCAGACAAGCCGAAGGGCAAGAGCAAGUCAAAGUCAAAGUCUAAAAAACAAGACGCCCAACCUGCCGCUGACGUGCUCUCGGCUCAGCUGAGCUCGGAUGUUGUGUCCACCUCUGCAACGAAGGGAGGCAAGAGAUAGUUCACUUGGUCGUGAGUGCAAUUCCUCCGCCAGACCGCAGGGACGGGGGAUCAGUGACGGAGCUGCUUUUCGGAAAUCGAUUCUAUUUUUCUAGCUCAUCAAGAAUGUAUGGUAGUUGACCGACACGGCGUAAAACACUUGCUCAAAAAAAAAAAAACACAAAAAAAAGAAACAAAAAAAGAAAAAUCCCCACACACAAACAUAUCUGCGAGCACCGACUUAUUUCUAAGUUAUCCGUUCAAAGACGUCAAAAAAACCUUUUUGGUUUCUGUCUUUGAGGGAGGGGGGGAGUGGAACUGAAAAGACUUUUCACAUCAAAAUGGGUCGAAAGAACGAGAGAGGCGAGACCAAGAGAGAAUGAAGAAACUGUUUGGAAACAAACGCAAGAAACCUUUAACUUUAAAGUCCUGCAUCUCAGCUGGCGUGACACCUGAACAUCGUGACGCAACACUUGCGUACGCUGAGGUUGUGUGGGAGCAGCACGGGGCGAGUGUUUUGUGUUGGGAUGUAGUCUUGAUGUACACGGAAAAAGCCAAGUUGCCUAUCGAGUUGUGGUUGUGAUGAUAUGGAGAACACUAGUGUACAGCUCUGUGUGUGUGUGUGUAUGUGUGUGUUUUAACCAGUGCGUCGUUUACAUGUGUAAUUAUGUGGAGGACUUCCAGGAGGUGUCGAGCUUAUUUCUGUAUCUCGGAGCUUUUUGCAAAUUCUUCUUCUGUUUCUGCAAACAAAUGUCUGAUUAGAGAAGGGUCUUUUAGUAUGUUUCUUAUUCUGGAAAAAAAAUAACUAAAAACGUUGGCAUUCACAAGUGUACUUAGUGAACUGAUACGUUUACAAUGUUUGUAAAAUGCUGUCGUUCAUAUGCUGUAAAAAGGAGGAAAAAAAAAGACUUUCUGCUCUUUUGAGAAAAACACUGUAUAAUUUACAGAGGAUUGCUUCUUUUUUUUUUUUUUUUCUAACCAAAUAAAUUAAAUAAAAGAAAAUGCAAACCUUAGAAUCGUUACGUUUGGCAUCAUUUGUGCCAAAACGUGAAAUUAAAGCCAACAUGAAAAGCCUCAUCAUCUAACAAUGCUUGUGACAAAAAAAUAAAUAAAUACAAAUCAGGAACAAAAACCAAAACUGGUCCAAUGGUAAUGUGCAUCAUUAGAGCUGUAAGGAACAGAAUCUCCUUAAAUGCAGCUUUUUCUUCUCCUGUGGGUUUUUCUGAGUGCUGUUGAAGCAGCCCGCUUCCUCUCGACUCCAGUGGGUUUUAAAGCGAAUGUCUUUGUCUCAAAUGUUGUCAUUUCACAGAUUCUCAAGAGUUUUUCUGUGGGGAAAAAUACUAUCAAAUAAAGAAAAUGAAAAACGCAGCACGCGAGAAAA